AUGCAUGAUUUCCUGUGGGACAACCUUGAGAGGUGCCAUUAUCGCAAGCCCACUCCCAUCCAAAAAUUUGCGCUUCCAGCGGCACUGACAGGGAAGGACUGCAUGUGCUGCGCGCAAACCGGCUCAGGCAAGACCUGUGCCUUCCUCCUUCCCAUCCUCAGCUGCCUGGACCUCACGCAGGCCGCAGGCACCGUGGGUAUAAGCUGGGGAGAGCCAUCGGCACCCAAGGCCGUGGUCCUGGCUCCGACGCGUGAGCUCUGCUCCCAAAUCCACCUCGAGGCCAAGAAGCUGUCCUUCAAAUCUCCGGUGCGAGCUGGUGAAGUCUACGGCGGCGUGGACGCGAAGCCGCAGCUGCUUGACCUCGCUCGAGGAGUCGAUAUUGUGACGGCCACACCCGGCCGGCUCACGGACUUCAUCGACCGCGGUGUCAUCACCAUGUGCAAUGUGGGCUUCCUGGUGCUGGACGAGGCCGACCGCAUGCUGGACAUGGGCUUUGAGCCGCAGAUCCGCGAGAUCGUUCAAAAGCGUGACAUGCCAACCUGUCGGGAGGGCCGCAUGACGCUGAUGUUCUCCGCGACCUUCCCCAAGGAGAUCCAGAAGCUCGCGCAAGCCUUCAUGAGGAGCUACAUCUGGAUCGGCGUCGGGCGUGUGGGUGGCGCGGUGGACACGGUGGAGCAGACCUUCAUCGUCACCGGCAACCGAGGCAAGCCUGAUGUCUUGACCAAGGUCCUCAACACGAACCCCACGGACUCCACCUUGAUCUUCGUGGCCAUGAAGCGCACGGCCGCCUGGUUGGAGGGGCAUCUCACUCGCAUGGGCUACAACGCCGCGGCAAUCCAUGGUGACAUGGAGCAGCGGGAGCGCGAGCAGUCCCUCUCCACAUUCAAGAGUGGGAAGAGCACCUUCCUUGUGGCCACUGAUGUGGCUGCCCGUGGCCUCGACAUUCCGAAGGUCUCGCACGUCAUCAACUACGACCUGCCGCAAAACAUUGACUCCUACGUUCACCGGAUCGGCCGGACCGGACGCAUUGGUAACCACGGUUGGGCCACUAGCUUCUAUGUCCCGGCACACGAUGGCCAGCAUUCCAAUGCCAAUGUCGUCAAAGGCCCUAUUACGGCUUCGCAGUUUGUGACUUCCGGCCGCAUACGGCAGCUCUCCGAAGCUGGCGACCAACAUGCCUUCCUUGUACCAGCCCCUCGGAAGCUUCGGAGUCUCAAGCUGUAA